AUGUCUAAAGUAGAUGAAAGCAUGGAUGUUGGCGAUACCGCCGAAAAUUCCAAUGCCUCAUCAGCAGAUACCUUGUCAUCCAAAGGUAAAACUGAGGAUUGUGAUACAAAAAUUGAAAAUGAUAGGAGUAAAAGGUUCGAUUAUUUACUUCGUCAAACUGAAAUAUUCUCUCAUUUUAUGAUGAAUAAUGAAAGAGGUAAUAAAACUCCAACUAGCCCUUUAAAAAUGAAACCUGGAAGACCUAAAAAGAAAACUAGCUUGGCUGGAAAUCCUGGAGAUCAUCGACAUAGAAAAACAGAACAGGAAGAAGAUGAAGAAUUGUUAGCUGAAACUAAUGCUAGCAGAAAAAGUAUUAUAUCAUUUGAUUCAACCCCUCCUUACAUUAAAAAUGGAGAAAUGAAGGAUUAUCAAAUUAGAGGUUUAAAUUGGAUGAUUUCAUUGUAUGAAAAUGAUAUUAAUGGUAUUUUAGCCGAUGAAAUGGGUUUGGGAAAAACGCUUCAAACUAUAUCGUUAUUAGGGUAUAUGAAACACUACAGGCAAAUACCUGGUCCUCAUAUGGUAAUAGUACCAAAAUCAACAUUAGCCAAUUGGAUGAUUGAAUUUAAAAAAUGGUGUCCUUCUAUUAAAGCCAUUUGUUUAAUAGGAGAUGCCGAAGCUAGAAACACUUUUAUUCGUGACGUUUUACUGCCCGGUGCAUGGGAUGUGUGCGUAACAUCCUACGAAAUGGUAAUUAAAGAACGUGGAGUUUUUAAAAAAAUAAAUUGGCGUUACAUGGUCAUAGACGAAGCGCAUCGGAUUAAAAAUGAAAAAUCAAAAUUGUCAGAAAUCGUACGGGAAUUUAAAACAACCAAUCGAUUAUUAUUAACCGGAACUCCAUUGCAAAAUAAUCUUCACGAAUUAUGGGCUUUACUUAAUUUUCUUCUUCCCGAUGUUUUCAAUUCCUCGGAUGAUUUUGAUUCGUGGUUUAAUACCAAUACAUUUAUGGGUGAUAAUGCUCUAAUCGAAAGACUUCACGCCGUUUUGAGGCCUUUUCUAUUAAGACGUUUAAAAUCUGAAGUGGAAAAGAAACUUAAACCAAAAAAAGAAGUGGCAAAUUGUGGUAAAAUGGUGAUUUUAGAUAAACUUCUUCCGCGACUUCAAGAUCAAGACUCUAGAGUACUUAUUUUUAGCCAGAUGACUAGAAUGCUGGACAUUUUAGAAGAUUAUUGCUUUUGGAAAGGUUAUAAAUAUUGCAGAUUGGAUGGAAACACUUCACACGAAGAUCGUCAGAGGCAAAUAAACGAGUACAACGCUCCGAAUAGUGAAAAAUUUAUUUUUAUGCUGUCCACCAGAGCUGGAGGUUUGGGUAUUAAUUUGGCUACCGCAGACGUCGUCAUUCUCUACGAUUCCGAUUGGAAUCCUCAAAUGGAUUUGCAAGCUAUGGAUCGUGCACAUCGUAUCGGUCAACUUAAGGAAGUAAGAGUGUUUAGACUCAUCACGGAAAAUACCGUUGAGGAAAAAAUUGUGGAAAGAGCCGAAGUUAAAUUAAGAUUGGAUAAAUUGGUUAUUCAACAAGGUCGUUUGGUUGAUAAUAAAGCGAACGCAUUAAACAAGGACGAAAUGUUAAAUAUGAUCAGACACGGAGCAAAUCAUGUUUUCGCAUCAAAAGACUCUGAGAUUACAGACGAAGAUAUUGAUACAAUUUUACAAAAAGGAGAAGAAAAGACGGAAAUGCUAAAUAAAAAAUUAGAAGAAUUGGGAGAAUCUUCUCUCAGGAAUUUCACAGUGGACACUCCACACGAAUCCGUUUAUAAAUUCGAAGGAGAGGAUUAUAGGGAAAAGCAAAAAAUUUUAGGGAUCGGAAAUUGGAUCGAACCGCCCAAGAGAGAAAGAAAAGCCAAUUACGCCGUAGACGCUUAUUUCAGAGAAGCUCUUAGAGUGUCUGAGCCUAAAGCUCCGAAAGCUCCUCGUCCUCCCAAGCAACCCAUAGUUCAAGAUUUUCAAUUUUUUCCCCCGAGAUUAUUUGAACUUUUAGAUCAAGAAAUUUAUUAUUAUAGAAAAACGGUGGGAUACAAGGUUCCUAAAAAUCCCGAAUUAGGUUCGGAUGCGAACAAGGUACAGAGAGAAGAACAGCGUAAAAUUGACGAUGCCGAACCUUUGUCCGACGAAGAAGUUGCGGAAAAAGAAAAAUUACUCACUCAGGGAUUCACAACGUGGACGAAAAGGGAUUUCAAUCAAUUUAUAAAAGCGAAUGAAAAAUACGGGAGAGACGACAUUGAAAACAUUGCAAAAGAUGUCGAAGGGAAAACUCCGGAAGAAGUCAUGGAAUAUUCAGCGGUAUUUUGGGACAGGUGUCACGAAUUGCAAGACAUUGACAGAAUCAUGGCACAAAUCGAAAGGGGGGAGGCUAAAAUACAGCGGAGGGCUAGCAUAAAAAAAGCUCUCGAUGCUAAGAUGGCUCGAUACAGAGCUCCUUUUCACCAAUUGAGAAUUGCUUACGGUACUAAUAAAGGUAAAAAUUACAUCGAAGAAGAAGAUAGGUUUUUAGUUUGUAUGCUUCACAAGUUGGGUUUCGACAAGGAAAACGUUUACGAAGAAUUAAGAGCCGCCGUCAGAGCCGCUCCGCAAUUUCGAUUCGAUUGGUUUAUAAAAAGUCGGACGGCUAUGGAACUUCAAAGGCGAUGCAACACAUUGAUCACUCUGAUCGAAAGAGAAAAUCAAGAAUUGGAAGAAAAGGAAAGAGCGGAAAAAAAGAAAAGAGCACCCAAAUCCGGUGGUACGCCAACGCAAAAAAGAAAAGAAAAUUCAACGCCGGAAAAAACUACCUCUAGCAAAAAGAAAAAAAAAUAA